AUGCCGACCAUCUACUACGAGCCCUCCGUUUGCAACUGCGACGGCGUUGACUACUCCAAGGCCGACAUUGAGAAUGCCGCUACGCUGGCACUCGAGCUUGCCAAGAAGGGUAGGACGAUAGGCGACAGCAAAUACCCCCACGUCUACAACGACCACAAGCACUUCGACUUCGCUCACGCCGAGGCGCCGUAUCUCGAGUUUCCCAUCCUGCAAAAGGGCAGGACGUACGACGGUCUUUCGCCCGGCGCGGAGCGGCUCGUCAUCGGGAGCAUCGCCGACGACUUCAGCUCCGCUGUCUACUGCGCCUGCGUCACGCAGAGCGGCGAGGAGAAGAACGUGUUUGCGGCGUGCAAGGAUGACUCGAUGAAUCCGAGAGGGAAGGGCAUGUUGCCGACGGAGGGGAAGAGUCUGGUGGGCGAGAUUGAGCUGUGA